UUUCCAGCAAAGAAGACGAAAUUAGUGAUUGUAAUUGGUUGUUCAAAGCAGCAACGACGAAGUCCGCUAUCAUCAAUGGUAUGUCACGGAGGUUCAUGAGUCGUGACUCCAACUUUAGACCGCAAAAGAGCUGGGCAUCCUAGGGCUGAAUGCAGAAGACGGUGGCUGUCCUGGGAGGGGGGAUCGGGGGCCUGUCAGCCUGCUUCCACCUCAGCAAGAGCCACCAGGUCUCCAAGAUAGUGCUGCUGGAGGGGGAUGGACGGUUCGGAGGCUGGCUAAGUUCAACUCGUAGGGAGGAUGGAGCUGUGUUUGAACAUGGACCCAGAGGGAUACGACCUGCAGGAGCCGUGGGACGAAACACACUCAACAUGGUGGAAGAGUUGGGGCUGGAGAGCGAGGUCCUCCCAGUCACCUAUGAUCACGUGGCCUCUAAGAACCGUUACCUCUAUGUGGGAGGCCAGCUACACAAGAUGCCUUCUGGCUUAGGUGGAGUAGUGCGUACAGUCGCUCCGUUCUCUCGUCCUCUGGUCCAGAGCGUACUGAAGGAGAUACUGAUCAGCAGAGGAAAGGAGGAGGAUGAGUCUGUUCAUUCCUUCGUGUCGAGAAGGCUGGGCACUGAGUAUUCUCCUCUUCUCUCUCUGCAUCUUGCAGACAUUGCCAUUGACAGCCUGUGCAGGGGAGUGUUUGCAGGGGACUGCAGGAAGCUGAGUGUGCGCUCUUGUCUCCCGCCACUCUACAACGCAGAGAAGGCCAGAGGUUCCAUCAUCCUGGGAAUGUUGCUGGGCCCAGGCCCUGGACCAGACGAACUCUCCUCUACCCUGACCAAGAGGGCUGCUCAGGAGAACUGGGCCCAGUGGUCACUGAAGAGGGGCUUACAGAACCUUCCGGAAGCCCUGGAGGAGAGGAUGAGGAAUGGGGGACGUGUAGAGGUGCAUAAAGACACCCCUGUGAUGGGGCUAAGUACUAAUGGCACCGGCUGGGAGAUUCAACUGGAGGACGGCACCAUCAAAGCUGAUCAUAUCAUUGCUGCUCUACCAGCAAAAGCUCUGGUCUCAGCACUUCUCACUGCUGCACAGCCCCUGUCACAGCAGCUACGUGAGAUCGCCACAGUAACCGUUGCCAUGGUAAACCUGGAGUACGAGGGUUCCGUCCUGCCUGUCACGGGCUUUGGCCACCUGGUGCCAUCCUCAGAAGACAGAGGUCUCCUAGGGGUGGUCUAUGACUCUGUUCCCUUCCCCCAGCACAACCGCACUGGGGGACCUACCACAAGAAUAACAGUGAUGAUGGGCGGGGCCUGGUUCCAGGAAGUGUUUGGGAAUCCAGAGGAAUUGACGGAGCAGCUCCUCCUGGACAGGGCCACCCAGGCGGUGACAUCACACCUGGGCGUUACCACACUACCUAUCUGGAGCGCCGUUGCACUGCUCAAGGACUGCAUUCCUCAAUAUUACCUUGGACACCGGAAACGACUUGAAAAUAUGAGACAAUACAUCAGAGACCACAAUCUACCACUUAGUCUGGCUGGGUCCUCUUAUGAUGGCGUCUCGGUCAAUGAUGUCAUCUUCAGUGGACGGACGGCAGCAGAGGGCCUUGUGGGAAAAGUCUAACCAGACGUUCAGGUUCCCAACCAUGGAUAUAAGCUUAUAUUGUGAAAGAUCUUGUUUGUUUCCCUCAUCGCAUUGCGUUCUACAUUUAGUUUUGCUUUUACACAACUGUAUCACAACCGGCCAUGAUUGGGAGUCCCAUAGGGCGGUGCCCAAUUGGCCCAGCGUCGUCCGGGUUUGGCCGGUGUAGGCCGUCAUUGUAAAUAAGAAUUUGUUCUUAACUGACUUGCCAAGUUAAAUACAAAUACUAAUAAAAAUGUAGAUACAAUUUACUAGUCACCCUCUGCAUUUAAGCCCUCUGCAAAGGGAUGUCAUUAUUUUGUGCAAUAUUCCUGAUUUAUAAGCAGCAUAUUUAUGAAGUUUUCCAUUUCUAUCUCAUUUGGACAAAGUACAGAUUGAUCCUCUAGAGAUGAUUCUAUGUCUGAGACAUCACCACUAGCCUGGAAACCACAGGUAACCCACAGAACAGUUCUCAUUCUAAUAAAAUAUUGUUUUUGAAAUCAAGGGCUGGAUGAAAGUCAUAUGUCGUCACUACGUAAAAUGGAACCACAAUCUGAACUGUUUUAGGAUGAUUUGUCCCCGUAACCUUACUUCAAGGAUUUAAUUUUCCAUGCAGUAGUUCAAAAUGUAGAGUAACAUUUUAAAUUCAGGAUGAGAUUUCAUAUUUUAGUUAUGGUGCCUUUUUGCUAACAGAAAUCACCACCCCUUCAUGAAUGUACAGGCAUAUUUCAUGUGGGAGACAUGUUAAAGAUGUGAUAAUCAGUGGUGUGUAUAUCCCUACUCCAACUGUCCUUUCCAGCCAUCCAUUUUUUACCCUAUCCUCUCUGUGAAUAUAGCAGACAAAAAUCUAUUAUUAUUAUGGUAAAGUAUGUGCGCGUAACAGAACCACACAGACUGAUGCGAUGAUCUCGAUAUGGUGAUCUAUCAUGUAUUUGGAAUCUAAUUACGAUAUUGAAAAACUUUAAUUUAUAGAGUGCAUGUACAGUGGCAAGGGGAUGGCUUGAUAAUGUAUUUUUAUACACAACUUUAUUAUUUGGAGAAUGUUGCAGAGCAAUAAAUAUGAUGCUUUAUCUUGUCUGUCAUGGACUGUCUCAGUGAAGGACAAAUUGUCUGUAAAAAAAUAAAUAAUGUUUGGCCUGCA